AUAUAUAGAAAGAAAUGGAAUUACAUUGGGUAUGGAUGAGUUUGGCCACUUUGUUCACAUCCUAUGUUUUUGUGAAAAAGAUAGUGAGGAGGUUGAACGAGUGGUACUAUGAUCUGACACUAAGAAAUAAACAACACCCACUACCUCCCGGUGAUAUGGGAUGGCCCAUAAUUGGCAAUCUAUUGGCUUUCGCCAAAGAUUACUCAUCUGGUCAUCCUGAUUUACUUCUCAACAAUCUUGUUUCCAAAUAUGGAGCAACUGGAAUUUACAAGACUCAUUUGUUUGGGAAGCCAAGCAUCAUUGUGUGUGCACCUGACAUGUGCAAGCGAGUGCUAACAGAUGAUGAGAGCUUUAGGUUUGGUUAUCCAAGUUCGAGCUCAAAGCUUGCACGAAGUAGAGCCUUGAAUGAAGUCUCAAGUGCAGAACAUAGGCGUUUUCGGCGCCUAGUUACUGCUCCCAUCGUGGGACACAACAUGUUAGCUGUGUAUAUACAACAUAUUGAGGAGAUUGUGAUCAAUUCUUUGGAAGAAAUGUCUAGCAUGAAACACCCCUUUGCGAUUAUGAAAGAAUUGAAGAGAAUUUCCACUCAUGUCAUCGUUCACAUCUUUUUGGGAUCUCGCAAUCAACACAUUUUUACUAAAAUAGGAGAUUUGUUUACUGAUAUUAGUAAGGCCAUGUUCUCUGUCCCCAUUAACGUACCUGGGUUCUCUUUUCACAAGGCACUCAAGGCACGUGAGAGGCUGGCGAACAUAGUUCAAUCUGUUGUAGAUGAAAGGAAGAUGAUGAUAAAAAAUGGUGAAAUUGGGGGCCAAAAAGACCUUAUAGAUAUUCUUUUGCAUGUGAAUGGCCAGAAUGGUGAGAAAUUGGAGGAUGAGGAUAUUAUUGACUUAUUGAUAGUAUUUUUAUUUGCUGGUGGUGAAAGCACAGCAGCUGGAAUGAUGAUGACAAUUGCAUAUCUUACACAACAUCCACAUAUCUUGAAGAAAGCCAAGGAUGAGCAAGAAGAAAUCAUGAAAGCAAGACCUUCAUCGCAAAAACAAUUAACUCUUAAGGAGAUUAAGCAAAUGGUUUAUCUCUCUCAAGUAAUCGAUGAAAUGUUACGUCGUGCUAAUCCUGUCUUUUCGAUUUUCCGAGAGGCAGCUGUUGACGUGAACAUCAAUGGUUAUAUCAUACCAAAAGGAUGGAAAGUGCUGGUUUGGAUAAGAGCUGUUCAUAUGGAUCCUGAAAAUUUUCCAAAUCCACAAGAAUUUAAUCCGUCCAGAUGGGAUGAUUGCAAGGGCAAAGCAGGAAACUUCCUUCCUUUUGGGGCAGGAAGUAAGCUUUGCCCUGGAAGUGACCUAACCAAACUAGAAAUUUCCAUAUUUAUGCAUUAUUUCCUCCUUAAUUACAAGGUCGAGCUCAUGAAUCCUCAAAAUUAUCUUACGUACUUCCCAGCACCUAAGCUUAUAAACAACUGUCUCGCUAAGGUCAUAAAGAUCUCUUGUGCUUAGCUAAAGCAAGUUUAUAGAUCCCAUGGUUGUAAUGUAAAUCAAAAUUUGCUUUGUAACACUUUGAGGAGCUAUAACUUCCUAGUUUGCUGUUUCUGUCACUGACUACUCCCUUGUUCAAAUUUGUGGAAGAAUAAUAAGUUUGUAAC